AGAAACACAAAAGCCCAAACACUGUUUUAUACAUAAACACCUCUUCACACAAACCCUAAAGGCCUAAACCCCUCCCGUGUAUUUUUUAGGGUUAAAAAAAUCAAAGCAGCCUCCUCUCAUUUCACACAAACACAUCAAUGGCGAGGAUCAAGGUUCAUGAGCUGAGGACUAAACCAAAGGCUGAUUUGCAGGCUCAGGUUAAGGAACUCAAGGCCGAGCUUUCGCUUCUUCGGGUUGCGAAAGUCACCGGUGGAGCUCCUAACAAGCUCUCCAAGAUAAAAGUUGUGAGGUUGUCAAUUGCCCAGGUGCUGACUGUUAUGCAACAGAAGCAGAAGGCUGCUCUGAGGGAAGUCUACAAGAACAAGAAGCUCAUGCCUCUUGAUUUGCGUCCCAAGAAGACCAGAGCCAUCCGUAGGCGUCUUACCAAGCACCAGGCAUCUUUGAAGACUGAGCGUGAGAAGAAAAAGGAGAAAUACUUCCCCAUGAGAAAGUAUGCCAUCAAGGUGUAGGGUAGAAUUCUCUUAGAGGAGAUUUUCAAAUUGAUAUUUGUUUGCAAUUAUCUUAUAAAAUACUUGGUUAAUGGAUUCUGAAGUUAGUGUACUUUGUGGUUCUUUAGUCUACUUUUGUUCCCAUGCAAAACAAGAACGUUUUUUUGUUA